CGAACGUGCUACUUGUCAAUAUGGCUGUUGUCAGACAGACAAAGCGGAGAGGCAAAUAAUUUCGCCUCUGAUUAGAAAUCCUUGGAAAAAAGAAGCGAACGGGGCACUGACAUCAAACUGCGUUAAUACUGGGCCUCAGUUUCAGUCCCGGUGGGCUUUUGGUCGUUUGUUCAAGUUAGAUGGUGAAGUGGACAUAUUAAACCGAGAUGGCGAACAAGCUCCAAAAGAAAGUCAGAAGUUGGAAUGAUUGUCAUUCUCUUGAGAAUUGUAUUUUGAAGAAAAAAAAAAAAAGCAAUGCUUUUCCAAGUCACGAACAGAGAGAGCCAAUGGCAAGAAACUGGAGUUCAGCAUCAGGAUGUCUGACUUCAGCGAGGAGCCUCGCUUCACUAUCGAGCAGAUAGAUCUGCUGCAGCGACUGCGUCGCUCCGGCAUGUCCAAGCGGGAGAUCCUCCAUGCGCUCGAAACUCUGGACCGGCUGGACCGGGAGCACGGCGACAAGUUCGGUCGCCGCACCUCAUCCUCCUCCUCUUCCUCUUCCUCCUACAUGGUAGGCGGGACAAACAGCUGCACCAACAACUCUGCCUCCAACAACACUGCCUCCGCAACCACCACCUCUGCCGUGACGUGCAACGGCGCCAUCAACAAUGGCGACGACGGCGUCGGCGACCACUCCGCAACCACUGCCUCCUCGACCACCUCCAAGAUAUCAACAGCCACGCAGACGCAGUUUGGCAGCAACGGGGGGCUCUCGCCCUCGCUUAGUAACAGCUACGACACCUCACCACCUCCGGCGCCGCCGCCGCCCUCCGCCAUCCUGCCCUCGCCCGUCUCACUGGUGGCGCUGUCCCAGAAUGGGCGCGACAGUCUCGCUGCCACGCCCAACGGGAAGCUGUCUCCUCCUCGCUAUCCCGUGAACAGCGCGGCAGCAGCUAGAACCUUUGGCUUCGAGGCUAUCGAAGAGGACCUUGAUGUUGACGAUAAAGUGGAGGAGCUGAUGAGGAGGGAUAGCAGCAUGGUGAAAGAGGAGAUUAAAGCGUUCCUCGGGAACCGUCGGAUCUCUCAAGCGGUGGUGGCACAAGUCACCGGCAUCAGCCAGAGCAGAAUCUCCCAUUGGCUGCUGCAGCAUGGAUCCGACCUGAGUGAGCAGAAGAAGAGGGCCUUCUACCGCUGGUACACGCUGGAGAAAACCACUCCAGGUGCCACGCUGAACAUGCGGCCGGCUCCGUUGCCUUUGGAGGAGAUGGAGUGGAGGCAAACUCCUCCUCCGCUGGCCACCGCCCCGGGUACUUUCCGACUUCGGCGGGGAAGCCGCUUCACGUGGAGGAAGGAGUGUCUGGCUGUGAUGGAGAGUUACUUCAACGACAACCAGUACCCCGAUGAGGCCAAAAGGGAGGAAAUCGCCAACGCCUGCAAUGCUGUUAUUCAGAAACCAGGGAAGAAGCUAUCUGAUUUGGAGAGGGUCACUUCCCUCAAAGUUUACAACUGGUUUGCCAACCGCCGCAAGGAGAUCAAGAGACGAGCUAACAUUGAAGCCACAAUCCUGGAGAGUCACGGGAUAGACGUGCAGAGUCCGGGAGGACACUCCAACAGUGACGACAUUGAUGGGAACGAUUUCACAGACCAGGCAUGUGAUUUGCCAUAUUUUGACAAGCGACCUCUCAGCCGACCAUUUGGCCUUUACCGCUUGGAGCCCAGUUCCCCGACACAGGAUGACAGCGCCGCUCACAGCGAGCACCAGGAUCCCAUCUCCCUGGCCGUGGAGAUGGCCGCCGUGAAUCACACCAUCCUGGCCCUGUCGAGAAGCGGAGGGGUCCCCGGCGACAUCAAGACGGAGGUCCUGGAAGACGACUGAAGGGCCAAAGGGGAGGAAGCGGCAAGAGGCCAAAGGGAAGGGAGCAAUUUCAAGCGCGGCAACUUUGGGAGGACCAUUGUGUGUUUGAACCCCAAGAAGUAUCUCGAAAUUCAGUUCUGUGUUGCAAGAGGUAAUAUACUGGAGAGGUAUGUUCCCUGUGUCCACUUCUCGCAAUGCACCUUUGCAGGAACUGAAUUGAUGAAAUAGUUCCCGCGGUCCAAGCGCACCGUGUUCGUCCCAGAGGUCAUAACGCCGGGCGGCCUUCCUAAUUUUUUCCGAGACCUUAUUCCCUCCCUUCCCAUAGCGAGCCAUCAUGACCGAUCGUCUCGACUUUCUGAUGUAUUAACUAAUCGUACAACUCAAGACAAAGGAUACAGCCUACCAUCCCUGAAAACGAUCUAUGGCAAAAAAAGAUGAAAUAGAAGUGAUGGCUUUUUUUUUUCCCCCCCUCCACAACCAAAACCUCCGUUCCCCUCCUCCCCCCUGAUCCCCCCCAUUCCCGCUUACCUCUGCAGCCUGGUCGUCUGAGCCAAUCCUCACUCAGUCUCACUCAACCUCAGAGACAAACUCCACAAAUGUGUACUGUACAUAAGAUAUAUGGUUCUUCUAGUUCUCAGUCACCCGAACGUAAUGGCGCGCUACCUACCUACUCUGGCGACUCACCCUUGUUAUUGUGCAAUUAACGGCAGGAGAAGCCUC